AUGAACAAUCUUUUGAUCAAGGUUUCCCAGGUUGAGACCAGCGCUUUCGCUUCAGACAAGACACUUCGCGCUAUGAUGGAUGAAAUGGAAGCGCUUUAUGCCAGCCAUUUUGCUCACGGAGACCAAAAAAGAGCCAAAACACGACUUCGUGCCGGCGGUGUGAACAAGACCCACCAUUAUAGUACGUUCCGUUCAGGAAUGCUGCUGGGCGUCGGAGUCCCU